AUGUCUGAUCCCUUCUUCGCUCCAGUGAGAAAAUCUGGUGGCGAUGGUCCCAGCCGAGGCGGUUCUAGCCGUGGACGUGGCGAUCGUGGAGGCGGUCGUGGAGGCAGCCGUGGAGGCAGUCGUGGAGGCAGUCGUGGAGGCAGUCGUGGAGGCAGUCGUGGCGGCAGUCGUGGCGGCGGCCGUGGAGGCAAAUCAGGAGACUCCCGGGCAAUUAACCCAGCGCCCAAGAAGGAUACCGGCAAAAAGAGCAGGACCACAACCUCGAUGGCCGGCAAGCGGAAGCACCGUGGCGAUUCUUCGGACGACGAGGCCGGCAGUCGUAAAAAGGGAGUCGUUGAGGAUGACGAUGAGGGUGGGGAUGAGGUUGGUGCAGGUGGAAUCGAUGAUAUGGAUCUGGACUAUGGCGAGUCGGAGGAUGAUGAGGACGACGAGGACCUGAUGAACGAGACUGCUGCCCAGAAGCGUCUGAGAUUGGCCAAGAACUACAUCGACACGUUGCAGCAUGCCGGAGGUAUGGAGUCCUUGAAGAACGAACCGAUCAUCGCCAAUGCGGCAUUGGAGAACAUGGAUGAGCUCGGAUACGACGCAGAGGACAUUGAUCGGGACAACAUUGCAGCUCGCUUGAAGCAGGAUGCUCUUGAGAUCCAGGGACGUCUUCACCGUCACCUUGCUGAUACAUUCCAGUUCCCCGUCAACGCAGAAACCGCCAUCACAACGUGCAGAGGACACCAAAAGACAGCAACUUCGAUUGCAGCGACAGAGAACGGAUUGUACGCCUACUCUGGUUCAAAGGACGGAUCGAUCAUCAAAUGGGACCUGAAGACCGGCAAGAAGAUCUUUUCCUUCCCCGGAGCACAGAAGGGCGUUGCUGAUUUCCAGGGCCACACCGACCAUGUAACAUGUAUGGCUGUCAGUUCCGAUAACCAGUUUUUGGCAUCAGGAGGCAAGGACAAGAAGAUCAUUAUCUGGUCGGUGCAGGAGAACAAGUUUUUGCAUUGCUUCAAGCAACAGCACAAGGAUACCAUCACGGGCAUGUCCUUCCGUAAAGGCCAUAACCAGCUCUAUACUGUCUCAGGCGACCGUACCGUCAAGCUUUGGAACGUGGACGAACUCAGCUAUAUCGAGACCUUGUUUGGUCAUCAGGACAGCAUCACGUCUGUCGAUAGUUUGGCCAAGGAGCACUGUGUUUCGACCGGAGGCAGGGAUCGCACAGUCCGUCUGUGGAAGAUUGUUGAGGAGUCACAGUUGGUCUUCCGUGGAGGCGGUUUCAUCCGUCCCAAGAAGCUCAACAAGGACCUGCCCGACGAGCCUAAGGUGGAUGCUACACCAGGACCCGACGGCGGAGUGAUCAUGAAGGAGAAGAAGACCCCCUCGUUCUUGGAGGGCUCGAUGGACUGUCUGGCCAUGAUUGACGAGGAGAACUUUUUGACCGGUGGCGACAGCGGGACGAUCUCGUUAUGGAACCUCAACAAGAAGAAGGCCGUCUUCUCGAUGCCCCUCGCCCAUGGCUUCCACACUCAACCUCUGGACUACUCUAACGGCGAGGCUGUCCCAAGUGGUGGUGUCGAGUCCCCAUACUGGAUUACAUCGCUCGCCUCGUUGAGGUACUCGGAUAUGUUUGUCAGUGGAUCGUGGGAUGGCACCAUUCGUGUCUGGCAGAUUGGCAAGAACAUGAAGAACUUUUCCCUCCUCAGCACAAUCCCCAUGGUCGGCGUUGUGAAUGAUCUUCAGUUGUACCAGCCAACGCUCUCGAAAAAGACACUACUGGUCGCCGCCGUCGGUCAGGAGCACAAGUUGGGUCGGUGGUUGAGGAUAAAAGAGGGUCGUAACGGAAUGAGGGUUGUGGAGUUGACCGCAAAAUCAAAAGACUCUGACGAUGCCAGCCAGGACGACGAGCAGUCCGAUAACUAG